GACAUCCGCUCACGACUGCGACUCAAGACUUGAGGCCACCUUCUAGCUCUCGCAGGACAAGUCGUGCCUACAUUGCGUUCUCGCUUCUCCUCUCUGACGGGCGAUUCUCGUCGUUGUCCAGCCAGGCACGGGGGUACUUUGGCAAGAGGCUGACCAAGCAACGGCGCAGGACUAGGGUGGUGUUACUCGGCAAGAUGCAAGAUAUCAAUCCUUAUGAGGAAGCGCGUCUCUACUCGCCUCAUUCGGCAGCGACGAGAGAUGCGUGGGAGAGUAUGGCCACCUUGUUCUCCAUCAUCGUAUCUUUGGAAUACUUAGAGCGAGCUUAUGUUAGGCAUGGCGUGGACGACAAGACAUACGCGCCCGCAUGUCAGCGACUGCUUGCUCAAUUCAAGACCCUCAUGAAGCUCGUAGCUGUGCCUGAGAGUCAAUCCCCGAAUAGCGUCGGACCUCUAGGGGGCACGAUGGAUGGACCCAUGCCCGUGCGGGAUGUCGCUGAUUUCAUGCAGCGGUACAAGAUGCACCACACGGCAGCUGCACACCGUCUAGCUGUUGGCGUACCAGCUACGGUGGAGCACGCAUCAUCCUCGGGCUCAUCGGGCGAUGGUAAUGCGAGGGAGAGGGGCAAGAACAUAGCAGAGACGACGCAAGGAUUCAUCACCUUUAUGGAUGCAGUCAAGUUGAAAAUGAGAGCAAAGGAUCAACUGCAUCCUCUGCUGGGUGAUUUGAUGGGCGCGUGGACUAGAGCGGGUGGAGAACAGGGGACAAGCAACGAAGCUAGAGCGAAAGUGCUCGGAUGGCUCAUCAAGCUCAACAAGAUGGCAGCGGCGGACGAGAUUACGGAUGAGGAAGCACGGCAGAUGCUCUUUGACGUGGAGGGUGCAUACACGGCGUGGUUCGCCUCUCUCCAAAGCUAAUGCAGCUGCGCACAAAGUCUUUGCAGUCACAAAUGCGCCUUCGCUUUCCCAAAGUGGUGCAUUUGCACGGUCUAUCCGAGUCUCUCUCUCUCUCCGCUUUGUUCCCAUCAACUCCUUUCAUCAGCAUGUUCCAAAUGUCACCCAUCACACGUUUCUCUCCUGUACUGCGCAAUCGAAUCAGUUCCGUCGACAUCCAGCAGUGCGUUGGGUUCGAGGUACAGAUGCUGUCAGGACCACGCAAGACUGCUGGUCCU